AUGAUAACCGUGGGCGAGCAGGUCGACCUGUUCGAGAGUAUGGUCAAAAGCGGAACUAUCUCAAAAAAUAGAGUUACCCACUCUGUCGCACUCCUCGCCAUCUCAGGCAACGACUACAAGACCUAUUACGACGCCGGCAUACUCGACCUGACCCCUGUGAUCGAGGGCUUGGGGAACCAGACCGUGGCCAUUGUGGACCGGCUGCGAGCCCUUGGAGUGAAGAGGAUUCUGGUGAACAACCUACACCCUAUUGGUUGCACGCCAUUGUGGUCCAGGGCGAGCAAGUACAAAGAGUGCGAUUACAUAGGCAACAAUGCUGCAUUGCAGCACAACAAAAUCCUGAAACAAAAGCUAGGCAGGAAGAAAGGUGUCCUCAUAGUCGAUCUGAACACCGCAUUUGGUAACAUCAUUGACCAUGGUUCAAAGUCGUACAAGCAGUUCAAGAAUACGCGGAAGCCGUGCUGCGAGGGCUAUAGAGCUAACAACUACUGUGGACGGCAGGCCAAGGACUAUCCGCCCCUUUACUCCCUAUGCCCGGACCGUAGCCAAUUCUUCUUCUGGGACGAUGCACACCCCACACAUGCUGGCUGGGAGACCGUCAUGAAGCAGCUGGAACAUCCCAUCAAAAAGUUCUUGGGGAUCGUCUAG